GCUCUCAAACUUCAGUGUGCAGCCUGAAAGCGGAGGACGAAGAGUCUGAGCCAGCAGACACACGGACACACAGACACUGAGACAAGCAGGCAGUCAGUUCGUCAGACGGGCAGACGCAGAGACAGAGAGCCGCUGAAGGAGCUCUGUGACCGGGCUGCAGCCGCUCUGAUAACCGUCGUACCCGCGGCGAGGAUUUACUCUCCUUCUUUUUUUUUGGUGACUUUUUUUCCUCCGUCGUUUGUCGAAGUUUCCGAUAAUAGUCAUGGACUUUACUGUCGCCUCUCCGUGGGAUUAACCGUCUCAGUUUAAGACUGAAUUAUUAAACAGUGUUUCAGUGUGUGUGUGUGAGAGCGAGAGUGUGUGCAGCUGUUAUUUUUGGAGUGUUUUUCUGACGGACCGUAAAGGCAGCACUUGGAUCUGCCCCUCGGCAUGGGGAAAUAGCGGGGAUCUGAGACUGUAUCCGACCCCGUGAUUUUGACUUUUUCAUGGUCGUCUUUUAAAGAAAGAGCUGGGCUUCUUCUCAAACAUUGAGCAUGGAUGGUUGUCUGUUAAAGGUGUCUGUUUUCCUCUGGUGUCUGCUGGUGAUUUCUGGCUCCAGCUUUGAGAUUGGCUCCUAUGACCUGGAGCGAGGCAGACCGGCCAAGUGUGAGCCCAUUGUGAUCCCCAUGUGCCAGGGCAUCGGCUACAACCUGACCCGGAUGCCCAACUUCAUGGACCAUGAUGACCAGAAGGAGGCUGCCAUUAAGCUCAAUGAGUUUGCCCCACUGGUGGCGUACGGCUGUGAUGUGCACCUCCGCUUCUUCCUGUGCUCUCUCUACGCCCCCAUGUGCACCGACAAAGUGUCAACCUCCAUCCCGGCCUGCAGACCCAUGUGCGAGCAGGCCAGGGAGAGGUGUGCGCCCAUCAUGAAGAAGUUCAGCUACACCUGGCCUGACUCGCUUGACUGCUCCAAGCUGCCCACUAGAAAUGACCCCAACGCUCUGUGCAUGGAGGCCCCCGAGAACGAAACCAGGACGGAGGGCAAGAAAGGCGAGGGCAUGCUUCCUGUGCCCCCUCGCCCGAGGCAGCCGAGCACCAGCAGCGGCCGCUCACCGGGCAGCAUAGGCUCCUGUGAGAAUCCAGACAAGUUCCAGUUUGUGGAGAAGAGCCAGUCGUGUGCACCACGCUGCUCCCCUGCUGUGGACGUCUACUGGUCCAGACAGGACAAAGACUUUGCCUUCAUCUGGAUGACCGUGUGGUCCAUCCUCUGCUUUGUCUCCACUGCCUUCACUGUGCUGACCUUUCUCCUGGAGCCUCACCGCUUCCAGUACCCGGAGCGGCCCAUCAUCUUCCUCUCCAUGUGCUACAACGUCUACUCUGUGGCCUUCAUCAUACGCUCGGUGGCCGGGGCUGAGAACAUCGCCUGCGACCGUGAGCACGGCGAGCUGUACAUCAUCCAGGAGGGGCUGGAGUCUACUGGCUGCACCAUCGUCUUCCUCAUCCUCUACUACUUCGGUAUGGCGUCGUCCAUCUGGUGGGUCAUCCUCACCCUCACCUGGUUUCUCGCUGCGGGGAAGAAAUGGGGUCAUGAGGCUAUCGAAGCCCACAGCAACUACUUCCACAUGGCUGCGUGGGGAAUCCCUGCCUUAAAGACUAUCAUCAUCCUCACAAUGAGGAAGGUGGCAGGGGAUGAGCUAACAGGACUGUGCUAUGUAGGGAGUAUGGAUUCUGCGGCCCUCACUGGCUUCGUCCUCAUCCCUCUCUCCUGCUAUCUGGUCAUCGGCACCUCCUUCAUCCUCACGGGCUUUGUGGCGCUCUUCCACAUCCGCAAGGUGAUGAAGACCGAGGGCACCAACACGGAGAAGCUAGAGAAGCUCAUGGUGAAAAUCGGCAUCUACUCCAUCCUCUACACUGUGCCCGCCACCUGCGUCAUCGUCUGCUACUUCUACGAGCGUCUCAACAUGGACUACUGGAAGCUGAGGGGGCUGCAGAUGAAGUGCGGCUCAUUCAGCGGUCACAGCGGCGACUGCUCGCUGCAGGAGUCCGUGCCCACCGUGGCUGUGUUCAUGCUGAAGAUCUUCAUGUCGCUGGUGGUCGGCAUCACCAGCGGCGUGUGGGUGUGGAGCUCAAAGACCUUGCAGACCUGGCAGGGCCUGUGCAGCAGGAAGCUGACGGACAGGACUAGUAGUAGGAAGCCGUGCAGCGGCGUGAGCUGCGGUAGCACACACUGCCACUACAAAUCUCCUGCUGUGGUUCUGCACAUGGCCAAGACUGACCUGCACUCCGACAACCCCACACAUGUCUGAGAGGCAGCACACACACACACACACACACACACACACGCUGCCUAUCUGAAAGCACAUACACUCAUAGACACACACACAUAGAUAAUGCCCUGUGUAAGGAGCUGCUAAAGACUUUAUAAGAAGAGUGGAUGAAUUGAACAGUCGCUUACUGUUCUGCUGCUGCCAAGGGACACACAGGUACAGGCAUCACUAUGGGAAGCUCGUCCUAAACAGCAUUGAAAAGCAUAAAGGGAAAUGUUCAGUAUUGUUAUACACAUUAUUGUUCCUGUUCAUACUGUUCCGUACAGUCGACAUGCCCAAUGUUGCAAAGCCAAAAAAAAAGAAAAGAGAAAAAAAAGACUGUUAUAGGAGGCAUCUUUGAAAAUAUUAGCACAUCCUCCUUCCAGAAAGUGGCAUGCUAAACUGUAUAAAUCUGUAUAAAUGUUUUAUUUAUUGUAAAUAUAUUUAAUUUAAAGUCCCCCCCCCUUGUCUCUUAUCAGAGUUGUUAAGAUACAGUUAUUAAAGGUCAAGGGAAAUUAAGUGCCUUUUAUAAGAACUCUGGUUAUGGCCUUUUUUGGAGGAUGAAAUAAAUUUGUGGAGUUCAUGUUCAACUGUC